CCAAACUGACAAAAUCGAGCGGUGGAACUUACUGCCGGCGCGGAGAACCAGCGAAGGAAAGGACAGCACAGGCUCGGCUCGGAGAGAUGAGAGACGGGCGAGAGAGAGACAGAGAGAGCGCCCAAUGCUGAGAAGAACAAGGCUUUUCUGGACUAAACAAAGAUCAAUGGUCUCUUCUUCUCUCAAACCAUCGCUGGCAAACACAGGGGACUUCAAUUGAAUUACCGGGGAUGUCCAAGAGCAGUCUUUUUUCUCUACAAAACUAGAACAAACGGCAUCGUAAGGAAAAGCUACAACACACCAGGGAUGGUAGGAAGUUGUUGCAGGCGGUGAGGGGAAAGGCUUGAAGGAAGUGCACUGCAUUUUUGAUGCAACAUGAUUACAAAUAACACAAUUCAUCUGUCUGUGGGGUUUUGAAUGUUAAGGCUAUGCUGAAUGCUGAAUGAGAAAGCAGCGGCUGCCAUCAGAUCAAAGGUGAUAUUGGAGAGGCUUGACUUGGAGUCAGCAGCGUUGUGGACGUCACGUGGGAACUGGCCUUUUGUUGUUCCCGUAAGAACAAAUACAGAUGACUCUAAAAUCAUAUUGUUUUUUCACAGAAGCAGCUUGCAGAUGGAUUAUGUUGAUAAAAUGAAUCGGACCUUCGUAAUCCUAUAUCGUCUUUGCUUGGUUUGCCACUUCCUGAUGACAUCUCAUUCUCCUGAACUUCAGUCUAGUGUUCUUUUGGAAUAAAAACACCCAAACACCCUGAAAACUCCUUCAGACCCUGGGAAAACUAAUGACUACAGAACCCCAAAUGUGGAGGAAAACUAUCUACAGCUUGGAUAGUGAUCUCUUAUUUCAGUGAAGUGGACUGCAGCAUCCCUUGGUCUGCUCCAGGAUUGUCCUUGAAGGCCUUACAUCUCUACUUGUGUCAAAGGGUAACCAGACUGGUCUGCUGUGAGCAAACGCUAGACUCCUUUGCAUCUGAACAGCAGUCCAUAUAUUCUGGGAACUCCAAAGAAGCUGAGCAAAAGAGGAGGGUGGUGCCUCACAGAAAAGAGGAAGAAAGGAAGCCAUAGGCAUCAUGGCUCAUGAAGGUGUGGCCGAGCUUCGUGACUUGCUCUUCCUUCUUCUGCUAUGUCUCACACUAUUGGUUGAGGUGCUGGAAUAUGCUGCAGCUGCCUCACAAGGAUUGGAUAGCGAGGGGGAUAUUGUGUGCCCUUCUGUGUGUCGCUGUGAUGAAGACUUCAUAUAUUGUAAUGACCGUGGGCUCAGUGCUAUCCCGCCAUUGCCCCCAUCUGCCACUGUUCUUUAUCUUCAAAAUAAUCACAUAGAUAAUGCAGGACUGCCCACUUCCUUGGAGCACCUCACUACAGUGCGGGUUAUAUAUCUCUAUGAUAAUGAGCUCGAUGACUUUCCUAUGCACCUACCACCAUCAUUACGAGAGCUACAUCUCCAGGACAACAACAUCCGGGUGUUGCCCCGGGCUGCAUUAGCUAGGCUACCCCAACUUGAGAAGUUGCACUUGGAUGACAAUUCGGUGUCCACAGUUAGUAUAGAAGACCAGGCCUUUGCCGACAACCCUCGCCUUCGUCUGCUCUUCCUUUCCCGAAACCACCUUUCCAGCAUACCGUCUGGGCUUCCAGCCUCGCUGGAAGAGCUCCGCUUAGAUGACAACCGGAUUUCGACGAUUCCCACACACGCCUUCCGUGGCUUGUCUUCUCUUCGCCGCCUUGUCUUAGAUGGUAACCUUCUAGCCAAUCAGCGCAUUGCUGAUGACACCUUCUCACGCCUCUCCAACCUCACAGAGCUCUCACUGGUGCGGAACUCCCUUCAGACUCCGCCUCUCAAUUUACCUAGUGCACACCUGCAAAGACUCUCUCUUCAGGACAAUGCUUUGAUCCACAUGCCUCGAGGCUCUCUAGAUGGAAUGCGUAGACUUCAAAGGUUGGAUCUUUCUGGGAACAACUUGACUACACUUCCUAGAGGUUUAUUUCGAGACUUGGAGAGUCUAGGACAGUUACUUGUGCGUGGUAACCCUUGGCACUGUGGAUGCAAUCUGCGCUGGUUGUAUGACUGGCUAGAAGCCAAAGGGAACACCAUUACAGUCCGAGGACUCACUUGCCAGUCACCAGAGCGUGUGCGUGACAUGGCACUAAGGGACCUUACCAGCCAGAUGGAUGACUGUGAAUUAGCAGCUGCGGGAGGUGGAGGAGUAGCUGGUGUGGGCUCAGCAGGUGCGGGAAAUGCUGGUAGCAACAGGAUGGGUGGAACAGGUGUAGCAGCCAGCUCCACCACUCUUUCCCCCCCACAAGGCUCUCUGUUCACCCUACGGUCCAAACGACCAGGUUUGGGACUUCCAGAUACAGGAAUGGACUACACACUUGGCAGCAGUGGCGUAGGAAAGAACUUGGCCCUGAAUGUGAAACCUCUGUCCCAUGACAGCAUCAGGGUUACAUGGAGUGUGGCACAACCAUCUUCUUCCUUUAGGCUCAGCUGGCUCCGUUUAGGGACUAGUGCUGCCAUGGGCUCCAUCACAGAGACACUGGUGAGGGGCGAUCGCAGAGAGUAUCUUCUUACUGCCCUCCAGCCAGCGUCUAGCUACAUCAUCUGCAUGGUGCCACUAGUCUCUGGCAGUGGGAGCAAAGGCAGCAUGUCCAGCGGGGACACAGAUUCAGAUGAGGCUCCAGUGUGUGCCAAAGCUGAGACAUCCGAUCCCAGCCUGUCUGAAGUGGACCAGGGACAGAAUGAAGGCUCAGAGCAGAUCACUUCGCUCCCACUUGCUGGGAUAAUUGGUGGAGCUACCGCCAUAGUCUCCCUCGCAUUUAUCUUUGGCAUUUUCUGUUGGUAUGGGCAUCGUGCAGGACGUCUCUCCUCUAGGGACCACUAUAGCCGCAGUAGCUCACGCAAGAGCAAGCAUUAUGAUGACUACAUUGAAUCAGGCACUAAGAAGGACACUACUAUCCUGGAAAUCCGUGGACCUGGGUUCCAGAUGACACCGAUGGCGACCAGAGAGCCCCUACAGCCCAAGCCAAUCCGAGAAGAUUAUAUCAUACAUACAAUUUUCCCCUCUAAUGGCACAGGUCUAUACAAACCACCCAAUCACAUGACCAACUCGGGCUAUGGCACAAACCGCGGCUACAGAGAAGGAGGUAUCCCAGAUAUAGACUACUCCUACACGUGAUAGGCCUAAAUUAGCAAACACUGUUAGGAAUCAUGUACUGGGUAGAUGCACAGUUUUUUAAUCAGUGUGGGGUCCACAGCACCCCUUUGUGCCUUCUGGUCUCCAUUCCAAACUAGCCUGCUAUUCAUGGCACCGAGGAAGUUCUUAAUUGGCCCAGAUGCCUGCUAGGAAACAGCUUUCUGUGCCUGGUGCCAAGAGGUGGCCACACCAUUUCAGGUGGUUAUACCAACUGCUAUUUUCACUCCCCCCAGUGUAACCUGGUGUGUCUGCGGCAUCAUUGCUUUAUCCCUGGCUUCCUCGACGAGGCAGAUUCAAGGGCAGCACAUAAUGUAUUUAACACACUUUUAUUUUGAGCUCAGAUCAUAUAAAAUCUUGAUAAGUGGCACUUCUUGGAAAAAAAAAUGACUUGGAUGUAAACCUACAACUACAACCUUCCACUACACCUUGUGGCUCUGAUUAUUAGCUGCCUAACAGCUGCACACCUGACUUGUAUUUGUGGAUGCCUAGCUUGAGGAAUCCAUUGUUGGCCAGGGUGUCUGAAAAGAGAAAAGAGCAACAUUGUGGAUAAGGAUUACCCAGAGACUUACUGUUGCAGGGGGAAUCUGAGGUUGUCUUGGUAGUGCUCUUGUUCUGGGAAGGGUCAGGGAAGAAGACUUGAGAUGACAUUUUGGAUCCAAUUUUUACAAGAGACCAGUGACUUUGGACAUCUGGUGUUCCCUUUAUUAUGGGAUUAGGAAUAUUUGGAGUUACAAACAUUGAUCACAAAUGGUGAUGCGUCACUAGUUUUAAACGCCUCAAUAAAUGAUCUUGAAAUGCCAGCAAGUUGCCUGACUAAAAAAAAUGUAACAUAGUGCAGAAAGCAUUAUGCUGUCUGGAUCUUUUUAAUAUGGACCUAUUGAAGGAGUGAGGUCACUGGACAUGGUUCAAUUAGACUGACUGACUCUUUCACAAUGAAAAUUGCAACACUGCGCUAAUAUAUAUAUUGAAUACAGGCAAGAUGUGUAGAUACUUGGAUACAACACACAUCAGACUUUUUGGACUUGUGAAAGUAAAAAAUAACAUAUUCUGUGUUUCAGACUUGUUAUGUUUUCUUUUCUUGUUUGUUAGUUUAUUUAUCCCAUGUUGCUGUCUUUUUAUUUGUUUACAUUUGUUGUAUGUUUUAAAUGAAUUUGUUUAGGUACAACUGAGUCAGUCCUGCUGCUGGUGACAUUAAAACACUGUGGUUUUGCCUAGUCCUGUAACUUAUCUAACGAUGUGAAGGGUUAUUUUGCGUCAAAUGGGUUGUCAUUACUUUAAUACAAGCCCUCCCCUUGAGCAGUCAGAGCCCAUAUUGCACUAAGCAGACCUUCCUACCAUCCCACCAGUUGAACCCAGGUUGUAUUAGUAUGAUUCCUUGCAAAGAGACAGGAAGCAGCAGUGUCACCAUCCAUGCUAAAGUAAAAGCAUCAAGAAGCCACCCCAAGUCACAGCAUAUGUAUUAAAGCCCAGUCUCCUGAACUGAGGUAAGUUUUGCUGUGUACCUUGCCAAGUUUGAAGUUAGUGCAGAGACAGUGAUUCUAAUUCAGUACAAAUUAAUACUUUUAACCAAUAGACUCCUUUGCCAGUUCCUGAAAAUGGAGUCUGUUUAUUGUCCUUUGAACAUGACAAGUGGGCAGGAGGAAUCGAAGCUAACGCACCCAACAUUACAUUAAUAUUCCUAACACUGUAGGAGCUGAGGCUGCAGCACAAUCUUUUGCUACCCAGCUUCAGUCUUUAGCUAUAGCUGUGAGUGAAAGAUUAUGGAGAGCAGAAAACCAAACCAUAACACUGUGGACCAGCACUGUGUAUGAGUGGGCAGAGGACUUCUGAACGGUGCACGCAUUGCAAAGACAUGUAUUUGUUUAUGUUUUUCUAUGAUAUUCAUUGGUGUAGGGACGUAACCAAUGCAAGGAGGGCAGGGUCUUAUAGGCUGUAUUCCCAUUAGGCUGUGUUCAGGCAUUAAUAGGCUGUGAGGAGUGUAGAAAGUUAUAGAGAGGGAGAGAGAUUACACAGGAAAGACGUGUGUUAUGAACCAUAGCAGGAGUCUAAGUUGAAAUGAAGCAUUAGGCCUCUGUGGCACGUGGUGGUUAUCCAUGCAUACAAUUGUUUGUCAUCCCCUACGUGUCUGCCUCUACAUUAAUACUCUAGAUCCCUCUUCCUCUUCUAUUUUUUUAUUUCCUCUCUUUCAGUCUUCACUGGCCUCUUCUUUAGAGUUUUAAUCGGGCCUAAAUUUUUGAUCCAAAGGCAAAUAUAGCCCAGAAACCUUCUGUCCAAACCACAUCAUCAGGUUUCUUCAUUAAAAGUCAGAAACUGGCCCAAGCCCAAAUGAGCCUAAAUAAAUUGUUUCUCACAGUUAUUUAUACGACAAUUGAUCGUCAGCUAAAAUUUUAUCAUUGUGACAGGUCGACGCGAAUGUUAAAUUCAAACCUGACAAAACCGACAAAACUUUGGAAAUGACGUCCAGACUCAACCAAACUUGAUAUGACAUUGGGUCCCAUUGGGUUUGGACAAAUUUCAAGCUCUACUCUAUUUCUGUCCUUGCCUCCCCUUUAUCAUCCUUCCUCUCCUCUACCCCUCUUUCCUCUCCUUCACUUACCUCUCCUCAUUGUUUCUCCUCUUCUAUCUCCUUUCACUUUCUCUAUCCUAUACUCACCAAACAACUGUUUGCUACUCCUCAGAUGGAAGCAAAUUGAGCUUGCCUGUCAGUUUUGUCUGGCUUGCUUUUGUGAUUGUGUUUGACAGUACAACUUACUGGAAUGGCAGGUUUUUUUUUGCCUCCCCUCCUGAGUACAAAUCAAACAUGGGCCUUGGAUUUUUACUGACAUGAUCUGGCUAUUUCGAGUCCAUGUUACUGUUCUUUUUUUUGCUGGUUUGUUUUAUGUCUGCUUACUAAAGGAUUCAGAUCAGCUGUCAAAUGUUUCUGUGGUAUCUGCAACUACUAAUAGCACCUGGAUACCCAGGCCUGCUCUCUCAAAGAAAAAGAAGCCCUUGUUUAACAAAAGACUGCCUGAGAUUUUUAAUGAUUACUGUAAUAAAAAUCCACUUGGCAUUACUGGAGCACAAAAGGAGGGAAAUUGCAACCUUGUCUUGACAGUAUCACAGGUGAGUGUGGUACCUAAAGCAGAGGCUUCAGUUCUGACUCUAAUCCUUAUCGCAGAGGGUCCAGCUUGCACAUGAAAAAGAUGCGCUUGCAUGUUGCAUCUUUCAUUCCUCGUCCAUGCACAACUUUCUCACAUUUGAAAAGUCUCUUUGAUGUAUUAUCGUCAUUUUCUUUUUGACUUUGCAGAAUGUGGGACAAGGUUGUGUGCAUGUGUGUGUUUGUGAACGCCUAUUAGGACACACAAAUUUUGGAGUCCAUGUGCUGUCAAGGAACUUAAUACAGUAACUGUAAUUAACUUCUUAAUGUGGCUGAUAAAAAUACCAAUAUUGUAUAUCCGAAACGAGUUCAUACUUGGAUCCAUGUAAUCGUGAACUGAAUCUACAUAGCUAAAUCAGACAGUUGUUGUAACCACUUGCAUAUUUAGCCAAUACUGGCCCUGUUUAGACUUGACAUUAACAUUCGAACCCUGUGAUCUGAACUUGGUGAUUGGAUUGUCAAUAAAGUAACAGCGCAUUUACUUGCCCUCCGCAAAAGUGGAUUCUGCAUCCAGAUGUUGAUUGGAACUCAGAUACAGGAUGCAUUGCAAACAGGGCCACUCUUACCUGUGGCAUCUUACAGUGGUAGGUGAAUGUAAUGUUAGGAAUCUUGUCCAAUGACUCUUAUUAGUUAUAGCAUUGGUGUUCCUGCCCAAACAAGGAAUCAAACGUGAUACUCCGUGCGCUGGAUGAUGAUAUCCACUCUUACCCACUUCAGCAAGGGAUUUAUUCACAAAAGAUUCUUUUAAAAGAAUGGAAUUGUUUAUUCACUAGUGACAACGCAAGUGUCAGUGCUGCAUAAGCUAAAAAAUAAAGUGCAGAAUCAUUGGUUGUAUUUAGUCACUGUAGGUUUAAAAAUUUAAUAAUAAUUCAUAUACAGUUCUGAUCACGUUUGACUACUUUGCGUAUACAGUCAACAUCCAGGUACAUCCACGACGAUGCCAAAUAAAAACAGAAUCCGCUGAUGCCCAUAAUAAGUUAUAAUUGUGACAUAAGGAGUCUUUCCCUCUUGCGUUUCUGCCUGAAUAGGGAAUGGAACAUUGUGUGGGAUGAUGAUGAUGUUAUCCACUGUUAUUCAUUUCAGCAAGUGAUUUGUUUGCAAAAUAAUCACCUGUUCAGUAGUGUGUACACAAGCGUCAGUGCAUGCUCAAGCUAAAAAUAGGGUGCCAAAUCAUCAGUAGUAAGUGCUGGCUGUAAUUUUCAUCAACAAACAAUAUAUCGGCUGCCAAUAUAUUGUGCAGCCCUAGUUAGGAGCAUAUGGGGGCACUCGUUUUCCCCCUAGGUUUUUUUUUUCGUUGUCUUCUUUUUGAAACCAUCUGCAGAUUCUGUACCUAUUGCCGCCUCGGACCAGCAGUGCUUCCACCUGCAGCCCAUUAACGCAGAUGUCUCCCUACACACAAACACGCACACACACGGGCCCAAACUCAACCACAGUCACACACACACAGGCACUGCUGUGCUGUCUCACCCCUGAGACAAAGCUCUCACAUCCACACUCUCCAAAAAUAACACCGUUUUCCUUGUUCCCUCCUCACGAAAUAAUGUCACUGUCACAUUGCACUCGCAAACAGGUUCACCUGAGGUCUGUAUUUUGCCUCCUGCCUUUCCCUGUCCUUUUCUUGUUCUUUAUUCCUCUCUAUCUCUUUCUAUGUGCCUUUCUCUGUCACUCUCCCACUCUCUCUACCUUUCCAGAACAUUCCCUCAGGUGAUGCCAUUGCUCCUCUCUGAUCAUCAUCAUUUCAGAGCUUGAUUCAUUAUAUGUGAAGGGAGAUAUAUAACUCUUUUCGUUCAGUCUAAGGCAUGCAUUUUGCCUUCAGUAUCAGUGUACUGAUAGAGAUUACAGCAGUUAUGCAGUGUGUGUGUGGGGAGGGGGCAACUCAGAGAACCCUCAUAUCACACCCUUCAGGUCCUGGUACCAAUUCACGCUGCUAUACCACCACUUUACGGCCACUAGAGUCAAUCUAGUUGUAAAGCAACCAUCUCGGAUCUAAAGGCUUGGCUUCCAGCCUGUAUUACCAAGCCGCAGCAAUGAUGCCAAAACAUGUUCCUAUGGUGAAUGCCCCAUUCCAUCGUGUCCGUAUAGCUGCUGCUCAGUCAAAACAACCACAACAUUAUCCUUUCCCUUAUUACGUACAGGAACAUUAAAACUGCAAUCUCAGCAUCGUUAGCUGCAGACAUAACAAAACCAUAAUCGUUAAAGAGCUUAGAACUACAUCCAUUACUUGGAAAACAGAUGUUUUUCUACCAAACAAAAUACAUGCUGUUCUAUCACACUUUAUACUCAGUGGUCACUUUAUCGGAAACACCUACUUACCUUAGAAGUAGAUUCAUCUUGUGGGUGUAUGGCUGUGCCUGGCUCACACUGCAGUAUAAUUGGGCCACCUUUGAGGCUAAUUUGCCUUUUCCAACAAUAGAGCAAUGUAAUUGGGGUGGUCAGAACAGUGCUUCAUGCUAGGAUGGCUUGCCACUCCAAUUUCCAAUUAUGGAAAGUGAAACAGUCAGCCAUCAUCAAUAAAACAUCAGUUAUGCUUUAUGGUGAAAAUCUGCUUUCAGAGUGGUGACCAAUCAGUUUUAAGAGUCUGAUGAUACUGCAUCUCUUGCUGUGAUAGACUAAUUUGCUCAGCAAACACACACGUGAACAUGCACUGUGUCCCAGCAGUGCUGCUCUGCGAGCUACAUUAUAAACAUGGUGCAUUUAAUUUACUUGAUUCAUAUACAGCAUUUCCUCAUUAAUGACUAAAAUACAUUGCAUCAGCACAGUUUUGUCUUUCAGUUUAUUUUAGGCAGUCGUUGUAUUGAGGUAAUAUAUUCAAGAUCACUUUUUAUGUCAUUUUAAUACAGUAACGCUAUUUUAUUUUCCCUUGAUGUGUGCCACCCCAAUAUCAUCUCUUAAACAUUACAAAAGCUCUAUUUGUGUCAGAAUUUAACUCAUUGCACAGCUGUUGCUUUCCUCUGUGCAGUACUUCAAACAACCUUAAACAAACAUAGAUCUUUUACUUUUUAAUUAAUAUUUUCUGCAUGUCAUACUUCAUAUGUGCAUUACAUUAUGAUUGCAUUUCAGUGAGGCUUACAAAGUCUGAGACCACAGAAGAGAACACUUCUAUUUUGAAUUCCUUUCUAAUUUCUUGGAAAUAUUUGCUUAUUCUAUCAUCAGUAUAACAUUUUGAAUGAGAAGUAGAAAAUAUUUUAAUGAAUUUCAGAAUUUCAUUACUUGAUAUGUCCUUGUAUUCUUGCUUUAACGACAGCAACGACAGCAUGAACUUGAGCUGGUACAGGCUCCCCAAGUUUGUGUAAAAGUGUCUAAUGAGUAGACCAAAGAGAUAGAUAAGAAGAGAUAACACUAAAAAUGUGACUUUUUGUACAAAGGCCUCAACAUGGGUCACAAAUUUGCUUAAAUUCGAAUGGUGAUCUACAAAUAGUGCAGAAUUGUACUUGUUAUUUUUUUAUCUAAAAUUCUUAGUUUAUUUCCAGGUUUAAAGGGCAAAAAUCAAGAUUUUCUAUUCAGUCUCAGACUUUCAGACACCGCUGUAUAUGUUUGAAGUACUGCACAAUAGAGAGCAAUAUAGCUGUGUACUGACUACAUUUUAAAGCUGAUUUCAGGCUGGACUUAAAUAUCUUCCCAAUUUAACCUGUGGUGUGGGGUGUGUAUAGUCCAAUUUUAUUGUAAUGUGGGUCAAGAAUAAGAAGACGUCACAAAUCUGUUGAUGCUCAUUUUGUUUCAUUCAUCUUCUGACCUUUCAACAUUGGUCAGUUUUAGUUUAGUUUAUUUAAUUUAUAGUAGCUGGAAAAAAAAGCAUAUUAACAUUUCUGUAAAAGUACCAGUUUAGCCAGUUAGUCGCUGGACAUGUACAAAAAGCAUAAAAUGACAUACAAACAUGAAUAUAUUCAGGCUGUCCCAAACUCUAACCCCUAAAUUUCCACACUUCUGAAAAUAAUACUUACAUGUUCUAAAAUAUAUUUUUGAUUUAUUUAAAAAUUUUAUCAUGGGUUUAAUUUUUUUUUAAAAUUCAACUUAUAUUUUUUAUUGAAGAAAUGCUCUCCUAUGUUUUCAUGUCAUUGCCACAGCACAAACACUGUGCCCCAAUCCACAUACUACGACACUAUACAUUGUAUACUAAUGAAUGCAUUUCUAAUGGUGGUGUACUAUUUAGUGUUGUUGUAUGCAGUUUUGAACACAGUCAGAUACGGUGUUGGAAAUGGUCCCCUGAUCACUAUACCGCUAAAAGUCUGGAUAACUGUAUAGAACACUUUUAAAGGGAGCAGAAUUUGCGGUAGUAGUAAAGGAUAUCUGACACUACGUCAUUGGGGUUCUUUCAUUACUAUGCGAGAGCAGAUUCUGGCGCAUAAACAUCCUAACACAAGUCCACUAUGACCUCCGAGCCUCACUGCACAUAUGAGAAGAGUUUACGUCUGUAACAGGUCUGAACAGAAGACUGUGGAGAUGCUGCCAUUUUAGCUGGGUUUGGUCACACUCCUUAGAGAAGAGCCGUGUGAAUCUUUAAACCAAACAAUGCAGCACAAUACUGGCAUCUCCUGUCCCCCAGGAUGCAUUGGUUGUACACUAGUUAUUGUGGUGCAUUGUGGGAUUGUUUGAGUGCACUGGGUUUUCUGUGCUACAAAAUGAUGGAACCUCAAAACAAUGUAUAGGGCACAGUUUUAGGCACAACUAAAGUGUUUUAGUCCAUAGGUGGAGCCUUAUUUUAGCCACAUCCACGCAUAUUAAAGCAGGAAGUGAGACUGCAUCCCUGUCCCUCAUGGCCACAUGGUGGGCAGUUAGAUCCCAUUGAAAUGUAUCCCAAAGUCAUAAAAUCAGUGUGUAAGAUUAAGAACUGUCACUUAACUGCAAUUAUGUCAAUUAUUUCGUUUUAAUGAAACAUUUUCUGAUUUUAUGAGUGUACAACUGUUCAAAGCUGUUUGCUGGUCACAUACUGGCUAGCGUUUUGAGGUCUGCUCACAAUUAGCUGAAACAUUGAGUCACUGCUGAAACAUUUGGUCAAGUUUCCGUACUGUUAUAAUUGUAUUGGUAGAGACAAAAAGAAUGUUCAAUCAUUUAUUUUAAUAAAAUAAACAAAAUUAAGGUACACGGUCACUCAAAGUCAGUUAAAAGAUCAAAGUGUGUUUAAACUAUGACUUUGAACCAAUUCUGAAGAAUGAUCCAUAUAGUACACAUAUAAGGUAGGUGUUUCUAAUAAAGUGGACAAGGAGAGUGUGUUGUAAACCAUCAAUACAGCAAACUAGAUAUUAGAGUGUUCACAGAGGUGAAUAUGCUGUGGUUUGAUGAAUUGGUCCCCUGUUGUCCUUACAAGUCCUGUACAUUGCCUAUAGGAGCCCUGUGGGAGGCCAUAGUGAACUGUUGUCUCAUCAGUAUGUCCCGGUGGAACGGCUGGGCAAGGAAAAUAUCGGCUGCCGCUAUCAGUCCUAAACAAACAAGAAAUUCCUGAGAUAAUCCUAAACAAACAAGAAAUUCCUGAGAGAAUCCGACAUGUCCGAUGUUUAUUUCUAUUUAUUUUUACCCCCCCACCCUGUUCAUUUUUCAAGGUAACAAUGCAACAAGGACACUGACUGUUAAGUGCAGUAUGUUUAUUUGUUCUUUGUCUACCUUGCCAGAGAAACAGAGAGAAAAAAAUAAACAACAACAACAAAAAAAUUCCCUUCAGCCAUUCUUGUUUUGUUCACUGCUUUUGAAAUCAUGGCUCUCUCAUUCUCUGUUGGACUGGGUGAUUAUGAUUCAAAGAGAAUG